GGGUUGUAAGGAAAGAGGGUGGAGCCUUCCCAGGCUGCCGUCCUCCAAACCAUACCUGAGUAUAAAGAGCAGAGCAGAACUGCAGCCAAGAAACUCUCAAAAGCUGCUUCCAGUGCCUGCUGGGAUUCCAAGGCUGGUUUCAUCCUCCCCCUGCUGCAACUUGCUGCUCCAAAGACAAGAGGGAAGCUGGACUCAGCUAAUUACCUUGGAGGAUUAAUUGCAUUGCCAUGGUCUCCAUGUGAUACUGGAUUGAUUUUUAAUUUAUUUUUUUUUUAACACAGCUGAGCAGGGCUUUUCCCUCCCCUCUUCUCUUUCAUCUUUUCCUGCACACACACACAGAGGAGAUGUUGCAAACAGUCUGCGUGAGUCCUGAGCUGCUUGUCAACCAAAACACGAGUGAAAGUGAAAUCUGUGGCUACAGCCCAGGCCAGGGAUCUCCGCUGCCUGGAGAAACUGCCAGCCCCAAGAGCUGCUUCCAGCAGAGCCCAUCCCUGCCAGACUCUGGAUUAACUGAGCUGAACGUGGCGAGUCCCAAGAUCUACCACACUCCUCCAUGCCACCCUCCAGGGAUGCCUGCUUCUGCUGACUCUGAACUUAGCUCUGAUCCCCCUCAGAAGCGCUACAUGGGUGUGAGAGUGAAGAUGCCCGUGCGGGAAUUGCUGAGGAAAAUCCGACUUUCCAAAGGCUUGGACCCAGCUCCGGGCAAGGAAGCCUCAUCAGUGAAGAUGGUAGCCAAAGGAUCCUCAGGAAAAACAGCAGAGAAGAGGAGAUCUCACCCUUAUACAGAGAAACAGCUUAGACAGAGCAAGCAGAGCGCCGGGCAAAGCCCCAGAGGCUUGGAGGACCUCGACAUCCUGGUGGAGGUGCUGCAGGAGGAUCUGAACAAGAGCCAGCUCGGGGAGGAGCCCCGGCAUCCCGUGCCAGACGGGUUCUGGCAGGGAUUCUCCAGGGAGCUGCAGGGCUGCCGCUGGGGAGGCGCGGGGAGCAGGGAUGGGGGGCUGCAGGGGAGGCAGCCGGGCCCCGCGGAGCUUCACCCCCAGCCCUGGGGGGGACACUGCCACCCAGUGCUGCGGGGACAGGCUCAGCCUGCCCUCCGUGGCCAGCGGGAGAGCGCCCAGAGGCGCGGCUCGCCUGGAAUGUUCUCCAGGACGGGCGGGAAAGGGAGCAGCUGGUGGGUGCGGGGUGAUCUCCCCAGCUCCCAGGAAGGUUUCUCGAGGAAUUCCCCAUCCCAGGAAGGUUUUCUGAGGAAUUCCCCAUCCCAGGAAUGUUUCCUGAGAGAUUCUGCAUCCCAGGAAGGUUUCCUGAGAGAUUCUGCAUCCCAGGAAGGUUUCCUGAGAGAUUCUGCAUCCCAGGAAGGUUUCCUGAGGAACUCUCCAUCCCAGGAAGGUUUUCUGAGGAAUUCUCCAUCCCAGGAAUGUUUCCUGAGGAACUCUCCAUCCCAGGAAUGUCUCCUGAGGAAUUAUCCAUCCCAGGAAUGUUUCCUGAGAGAUUCUGCAUCCCAGGAAGGUUUCUCAAGGAACUCUCCAUCCCAGGAAUGUCUCCUGAGGAGUUCUCCAUCCCAGGAAUGUCUCCUGAGGAGUUCUCCACCCCAGGAAUGUCUCCUGAGGAGUUCUCCAUCCCAGGAAUGUCUCCUGAGGAAUUCUGCAUCCCAGGAAGGUUUCUCAAGGAAUUCUGCACCCCAAGGAUAUUUCUUGAGGAACUCUCCAUCCCAGGAAGGUUUCCUGAGCAAUUCUCCAUCCCAGGAAUGUCUCCUGAGGAAUUCUUCACCCCUGGAAGGUUUCCUGAGGAACUCUCCAUCCCAGGAAGUUUUCCCAGGGAAUUCUGCACCCCAGGACUCGCCCGCACUCCCCAGCUUGGCAGAGAUGCUGCUGGAAGCUCCCAGGGGCUCUGCAGAUGUGGGGGGACAUUUGAGGCUGAGCCCAAAUUCCUUCUCCAGGCAGGACCUCUCUGCCCUCUCCUUCUUCCAGUUCCAGCUGCACAGGGAGGAGAAUCUGCUGAGGAACAUCCCAGAGGAAAAACUGCUGGCUCCUGACGAAAAUGGCAACAGGCUGCUGCACAAGGCUGUUGCCCAGGGAAGGAGGGCUCUGACUUUUGCCCUGGCCCAGAGAUUUGCAUCCCUCAACAAGAUCGACGAGAAGGAUGCAGAGAAAAGGACUGCUUUACAUCUUGCUGCAGAAAAGAACCAGCACCUGAUGGUGAGUGACCUGAUCUCCCUGGGAGCCAACGUCAACGAGCAGGACAGCUCUGGGAGAACUCCCCUCCACCUGUGUGCAGAGAAUGGCUAUCUGAGAGUUCUGGAGGUCCUGAAAAGCUGCAAGAACAGCGGGGUGUGUGUGGAAGUGGAUCUGCCUGACCACUGUGGUCUGACCCCCCUGCACCGUGCUGCCCUUGCCCACACCGUGCUGGUGACACAAUGCCAGGGCACUGCCAGGGACAGCAGCACCGGGAGGCUCCUGGGGCUGCGGAGAGCCCAGAUCCUGGAGGGAAUUCUCUGCCUGCUCCAGAUGGGAGCACAGCCCCGGCUGCAGGUGCUGAAUUCGUGUCCAGCCUCCACCCCCUGCCUAAAGCUCGAGGAGAACGCAGAGCUCAUGUGUUUGCUUCAGAGCCAUAAACCCCAGGCACAGGAUGUUCCUCAGGAGAGCUGCAGCCUGCUGGAUGCUCCCAGAGGAAUCCCCGCUCCCCCAGCUGCAGAUGACUUCCCUGGACUUUGCUCCUUGUCAUCCUCAGACCUCCUCGAUGUCCUUCUCAAAGGGAAAUGCUGAGAGCUCUCACCUGCUGCAGGAGAACAACAAACACCAAAAUACAGAAUAUUUUAUGUUAUAUCUUGAACUGACUGCUGGAAAGAUCUCACCUGGACCCAGAAUUAAGGAGCAAGCUGAUAAAUGAGGGAAAUCCUCAGUGCAGGUUGCACCAGGAGUUCAGUGUUAGGUGCUCCAGGAAGAAUUAGAUCUUCAUUUUCUCACAGAUUUGUGCUUCUCUGCUCAGGUCUGAGGUCAGUCUGAAGCUCUGAUGGUUUUUCAGGCAGAUGUUUAACCCAAGAAAAAGAUUUUAACCACCCAGGGCCAAGUCUUGGGGGUUUCAGCCUGAAAUUAGUCUCUACACUCCAAAUUCAAUGUUCAGACAGACUGAAAAUCUCAGUCAUUUUAAAGGCGAGCUCUGGGAUUUCAGAGCCUAAAUACGAAAAAUAUUUAAUAUUUCCUGCAGUCUGGCUCUGAAUUUGGCCAAGGCUGGAGUGGUCACGCUUUAAGGCAGUCUCAAGGUGAAGUCCUUCCAAAGUGGAACAUCGUGCUGAGCAUGUGUCUUCAACAAAAAUCAAGCUUUUUAUUGAUGCAAUCAGAAGUUUGCACCCAUUGUAGGUGAAGUCUGGGACAAAGUGUUUCAAAUCAGCUCCUUUCUCACAGAUCUAACAGAGAUUUUACCUUUAUAAAAUUGAAAUCUAUAACAACAGCUUUUGAAGGAUCAUUUUUUUUAAAGUUGGGAGCAUAACAAGGAGCUGAAAUGAUCCUGAAAACCAAGUUAUUCAGUAGAAUCACUACAAACCUAGAUCAAAUUUUUAUUUUUAAUUGUUUCUUCCCAGACUUACUCUCAUUUAAUUUUCACUUCUGGUUGCGAGUUUGCUGGUUUCUAUGAAACUUCCCUGGUUGCUACAUAGGGAGCAAUUCUACUUUUACAGAAACUAAACCCAAAAACCAAAACUGAUCCAGCAGCCCCUCACGUGUCUCCUGUGGAGGAAAAUGGGAGAUUUCCACUGCAGGAUCCAGUGUUAAGUACUCAGCAUCUUUGGGGAAUGUUUUUAAUGAACCCUUUGCAUUUGUUCCUUGUGAAAAAAAAAAAAAAAAAGGUUAUUUUUGUGUUAUGGGGUUUCCUGAAGUGUUAAGCUCCAAGAGCUACGUUGCACAAGGUGAAUGAACUUGGAGAAGUGGCAGUGUUGAAGUGAAUUCCAAUGGGAUUUGGGUCAUUUCCUGUGAUUCUGAUGCCCUGAACAGCUAAAGAAUUCUCUUUUAUGUUUCCUCUGAAACAAAAUAAUUCAUAAACUUUCAGUAUUUCAUUAAAAAUACAUAUUAUAUGUUACUCUCAUAAGGAGUUGCAUAACUCAUCCACCUCCUUCCAAAGCUUUCCCUCGUGUUUCAAUAAUCUCUGGUCUUUUCUUUUUCCCUUUUGGUCCCAGGUUUUAUGGAUUUUUUUCCCUCUCUGAAUAUUUCUCUCUGUCCCCCCCAUCACUGCCCAUCCUUCUUUCUGUUUGCAUUUUAACUCCCAUCUGUUCUCACCGAACUUUUUAUUCAUUUGGGGACAAUUAAGGAAGAAGUUCUGGGUUAGCUCAGCUUCCCUUUGUGGGAUUGAAGGGUCAGAUCCAGCUCUUUAUUUUCAUUAUAAACCAACCAGGAAAUCCCACAUCACGAGGAUGAAGCAGAGUGUUGAACAGAGAGCUGAAAUAAACAUCUGCAGGGGAAAAAAACCUGAAUUUUCUCUCAGGAUUUCUUAGAAAAAGCAUAGAAAACUCUCAUUUAAUAAUCCAGCAUUAAUCUUUUAGUCAUGGAAACCACUCAGGUGAAAGGACAGGAGAAUUAAACUAUUCCUAUAGGUAUCAUUUAUUUAAUAUACUCAGAGAUGAACUUGCUUCUACAGUAUAUUCUACCACAGUUAUCCAUUAAUUGCAUUGUUAAUCGCUUUACAUUGUUUCACUGCUCCUUCCUGCCAAUAAAUACAUUUAUUUCAUGCAGUAA